CGGUCUCAAAGUCAUCGGCACAUCUUCCCAGCCUCCCACUGGGACCUGUUCUAUAUCAGCUCAACGUUCAUGGUUAUCCAGAACAACCAGGAGAUCAGGCAAUGCGAAUACGUACCACUGGGGAAAUCCUGAGCAAGGUGGACGUGCGCAUCUACGCCCCCGGGCAUAACAUAUCCCCCUCUGCGUAGGUUUCAGCCGUUGAAUCUCUCGCACCAACUUCCUCAUCUACUCACUCGGCAUCGACGACCUUUUCCGCAAGAUCCUCUGAGAUGUUUGCAGCGAGAUGGGCGAUUUUGCCGUCCUUGAUGGCGAUAUCAAGCUUUCCAGUAUCUCCGGAUGUGACUACGAUGCCAUUUUUCACGACGAGGUCGAACUGUUUAGACAUGUUGUUGGGUGAUGGUAGUUCUUGUAAUGAGGGACGCAGAAAAAAGGAUGGAUACCAUUGGGGUAAAAUGAGCAAUCUCAUCCGCCCUCUAAAGGUUAUCUCUCUCGUUAUUCGGAAACUGCUCAGCCGAACCCUUGUUCAUAUUUCAACUCUCAUAUGGAUCACAUUCUUGACCAACUCGAACACAAUUCACAAACUCUCAGCUCUUGAAGAUAUCAAAUAGCACACUCUAGCAUUAGACUAUGACCGUCACCAUUAACCCUGCUGCCUCCCUUCCCAUCAUUUCGCUCGCCGAGCACAAUUCGGUUGACUCCCUUGCUAGGGCUCUCUACGAUUCUUGUACUCAAGAGGGCUUUAUUUACGUCUGUGACCAUGAGAUCCAACAAGAUCUCAUUGACCAGGCCUUUGCCAUUUCGGCGAAUUAUUUUACUCACGCCCGCCCAGAGGAUAAAGUCGAUCUUAAGACCAACCUUGGCUAUACUGCAGUCCGACAAGAAAGUCUUGACUCCACAAGGCCCAGCUCCGGUGAUCUCAAGGAAUUCUUCCACGUUGCUGAUAAUCAUUGGCGCGUGAGGAACGGAGAGAGCCCGCAAGAACUUCCUGAAGCUCUCGAAUCCUCUCGAAAAGCAUUAGACGACUUUAUCGAGCAGAUUAAUGGUCUUGCUGACAGAAUCUUGAGGGGUUUGUCAGUGGCACUCAAGUUGAAGCCCGAAUUCUUGACGAAUCAGCACAGGGGAGAACUCAACCGACUCCGUAUGCUCCACUAUCCACCUGUUGAAGUGGAACAAAAUGGAAUCAACUCUGAUAGCAAUGAAAUCCGAGCAGGGGCUCAUACCGACUAUGGGUCCAUAACUAUCCUCUUCCAGCACAUUGUAUCUGGUUUGCAAGUUCAUCGUAACGGCUCUUGGAUCGAUGUUGCGCCUAGAAAAGGCUGUGUCGUUAUCAACAUUGGCGAUGCUCUUGAGUUCUGGUCUGGUGGCUUGUUCAAGUCCACUCUCCAUCGAGUUGUCAUGCCCCGCUCCCAAGCUGAAAUGGCUUCUAGGUACUCUAUUGCCUAUUUUGUUCAUGCCGACAAUGCUAGUAUUCUGGAGCCUUUCACUGAUGGAAUUGAUGAGGAUGCGCUCGACGAAAUUAUUGCCCGCAAAGGACUCCCUCGAGGGACGCGAAGGAUUACCGGAGGAGAUUAUGUCCAAGCUCGACUUGCUGCUACUUAUGGUAUGAAGGUGGCGGCCUGAUGGAUAUGAUCUGGGGGAAUGAAGUUAGUAAAAGAACUAGAAAAGUUGUAACUAUUGUCGGAGAUGUGAUUCUGUCCAGAUACU